AUUUAAAACUGUUAUAUAAGCCCUGCUCUGACCAUCUAAACAAGUCCAUCAUGCCUCCGGUCACAGACUGGACCUUCCUGAUGAGGGUCGAUCCAGAAGAUUUAAUAAACGAUGAUCAGAAGAUCUGUGAUAUGUUUUUAAAGAUUGACGCACGAGAGCUGAAAGGGAAGGAGACAGAGAAAAUGCUACAGUUGUUUAGAAUCUCACAAAGCUUGCUGAAGCUGAAGUUAGAGGAAGUCAAUUGUGCCUAUGAUGUUGUUGACAAAGCUGGCAUAGAGCAAGCAAGAAUGGAAUCUGAAUUCAAAGAGAAGAUAUAUCAGCUGGAAAAAGAACUGGAGAAAGUACAGCGCUCGACAGGGGGUAGAGACACCCGCUUCCUGCGGGAUGAAAUCCGCCAGCUAGAGAGUCAUUUGGAGCAGAAGGAGAAGGAACUGCUGCAGCUUGAAAAGGAGAUGAGUAAAGAAAGAAAAACCAAUGAGGAGCUGUCCCUGCGAGCGGAGGAAGCUGAAGGUGAAAACAGAAAGCUGAAAAGAGAGUAUGAGCAGCUUUACCAGGAUGUCGAGUUCUACAGAAAGGAGCUGGAACAGAAGGACUCAAUCCAGAACCGUAAGGAGAGCAGCGAGACUCAAAGACGACUCAACAAAGCUAAUCAGCAGCUCUACCAGUGCAUGGAAGAUCUCCAGCGUGCAGAGGACACGGCAGCUGACCUAAAAAGUGAAAAUGAUCACCUGCAGAAGAACCUGGAAGAGUCAGUGAGAGAGAUGGAGAAGAUGACUGACGAAUACAACAAGAUGAAGGUCGUGGUCCAACAGACAGAUGGCAUCAUGGACCAACUAAGGAGAGAGAGAGACCAGGCCAUGCUCCAGGUAAGAGAGCUAACAGAGCAGAUUCAGACUCGAGCUGAAGAAGAUGAUCCGGUGAUGGCUGCAGUUAAUGCUAAAGUGGAAGAAUGGAAGAGUGUUUUAUCAGGGAAGGAUGCUGAAAUCAUAGAAUACCAGCAGAUGAUUAGAGACCUGAGAGAGAAACUGAGGGCAGCUCAGAUGGACUCGGACAAAAGCAACAUCAUCGCACUGCAGCAGGCUGUUCAAGAGCGAGACCAACAGAUAAAGUUGCUUUCGGAGCAAGUGGGACAGUACACUGGUGAAAUGGAGAAGAAUGCCUUGCUUAUAGAAGAGCUCAAGAAACCACUCAAGAAGGACCAAGGAUUGGGCUCUAGUGUACAGCAGCGGAAGCUGGAGGAACUGAAUGCCAAGCUACAAGCAACAGAGCGGCGGGCACAGCAAGCUGAACGCGCUGCCCAUCUGGCUGAGUCCGAUGCCCAACACAAAGACAUUGAACUGAGUGAGACCCUGAGCCGCAUUCGUCUCUAUGAGUCUGGCUCAGACGGCCUGGUUGCUGCUGUAGCUGAGAUCAAAGAGUGCAAAAGCCAGUUGAGGAGUCGAGACCGGGAGAUAGAAGGCAUGACGAAGGAGAUCAACCAACUGGAGCUGAAGAUCAACGACCUACUGGAUGAGAAUGAGGAAUUAAGGGAGCGUCUGGGACUGAAUCCAAAAGAAGAAGUGGAUUUGACUGAGUUCAGGAGAUCAAAAGUGUUGAAGCAAAGGCAGUACAGAGCAGAGAACCAGGUUCUGCUAAAAGAGAUUGAACGUCUAGAGGAGGAAAGGCUGGAACUAAAGCAGCGUAUUCGUGCCCUGGUAAAAGACAAAGGAAUUACAGUCAUAAACAGUUCAUUGCUUGAUGACGAUGCAGAAGAGGGGCCCAGCAGGUCAAACAGAGAGAAACCAACCCUAACUUCUACUGAUGAGGAAGUCAAACGGAAAAAUGAGUACCUGCAGAAAGAACUGCAGAGCAAAGAGACUGAACUGGAACUUAAGAAAACUGAAUUAUCACAGUUUAAAGUUAAAUCAAAUGAAAUUCUUAAGGAAAACAAGCAGCUGGAACGAGGCAUGAAAGAGAUUUUGAAAGCCAUCCAGGAGGCACAGAACAAAGCUCCUUCUCAGACUGCUAUCAGUGUCCCCAGCCUGGACAGACUUAUCAGUACUCUAGAGAUGAAGUACUCAGAGGGGAAGGUUGAUGUAAUUGCACAUCUGAGGGGACAGCUGGACCAGCUGACUGGCAGGAAUGAGGAACUGAGGCAGGAGAUGAAGGCGGCUAGAGAGGAGGCCGCCAAGACCCUCAUGCAGUUGACAAAGGCCAAUGACAAGACUUUACGUUUGGAGAGCGAGAUUGAGACAGUAAGGCAAUCAGCUGGCACGGCUGCCCCUCCUAAGACUCUUUUGCUACCUGAGGAAAUGGCACCAAGCAGUGUGCAAGUCAUUAAUUCCCUCAAUGAGUACAUGAUCCAGCUGUUACAGGAGAUAAAAAUAAAAGAAGACUCCAGCAAGCUGCUCGGCCAGGCCUUGGAGGAGUACAAGAGGAACUUUGCAGUCUUAAGGCAUCAGCAGGGCUUGCUGUACAAAGAAUAUCAAAGUGAGAAAGAACUCUGGCAGAAGGAGAAAGACUCGUUUGCAGAGAUCAAAGCCAAAAUGGAAGAACAGAAAGAACUGGAUGCUGUAAAGAUCCAAGAGUAUAAUCACUGGCUAGAAGCUCUACAGCAGGAGCCAGCUGAGAUCCGGAGGCAGGUGGCUGAAGCUGCUCGUAAAAUGACCGUACUCAAAGUGAAUGAGAAGUCUCUGACUCGCCGAUACACCACACUGAUGGAGCAGGAACAGCAUCUCAGGAAGGAGAACAACAAGCUGAAGGAUGAUUUUGUUCAAAUGGAGGCUACAGUCACUGAAAGGAUUGGCUACCUGCAGAGGUUUAAGGAGAUGGCUUCAUUUAAAAUGGCCGGACUACAGAAAGCUCUUGAUGAAAGUGUUCCGUCAUCAGAGCUAGAAAAGGCACUCAAGCAGUAUAAUGACCUCACAAUGAAAUACAGAGACCUGCUCCAGAAAGAUAAUCAUCUCAUUCAGAGGACCACCACACUGGAACAUAUGGAGAAUGAAAACCUCUCGCUCCGGGAGCAAAUCAGUACCGUCAACAAAGAGCUGGAGAUCACAAAGGAAAAACUGUACACUCUAGAGCAAGCCUGGGAACACAUCAACACUGUUGGUGAAGAAAGCAAUAUGGCUAAAGCGGCUAAGGCUCUGGCAAACAGCGAAAUUGCGUCUGUGUCCAAGCGCAUCACCACUCUGGAGAUGAAAGAACUGAAUGAGAGGCAAAGAGCUGAGCACGCUCAGAAGAUGUACGAGCACAUGAGGAGCUCUCUGAAGCAGGUGGAGGAGCGCAACUUUGAACUGGAGGCCAAGUUUGCUGAUAUGGCAAAGCAGAACCUGGAGGCCCAGCGGACUGAGCGUGAGCUAAGAGACGAGCUGGCUGCCAGUGUUAGUAAGGAAGCCAGCGAAGCAGACAGACGCCGCAUUACAGAACUGGAGAAAAGUGAAGCUCAGCUUAGGAUUGAGGUGUCCAAGCUGCGGGAGGUUUCUGAUGUAGCCAAAACACAGGUUUUUGCACUGGAUGCUAGGCAGCAGUCCCGAGAGAAGGAAGUGGAAAGCCUCAGGAGACAGGUGCUCGACUAUCAGGCUCAGUCUGAUGAGAAGGCCCUGAUCGCCAAGCUCCACCAGCACAUUGUAGCACUACAACUGAGUGAAGCUGCAGCCGUUAGCAAGCUGCAAACCUGCACUACUCGUCUGCACCAUCUAGAGGCCCAGAGGCUGCGGGCAGAGCAGCAACUGGAUACCCAGCAGCAGGCUCUGUGGCAAGCACGCCAGGAGGGGCGUCAUCGUGCCCGGCACCUCCGCCAUGCCCUACAUGCCCUGCGCAGGCAGUUCUCUGGAGCGCUUCCCCUCGCUCAGCAGGAAAAGUUCUCCAGCACAAUGUUGAAGUUGCAGGAGGAUAGAGCGAUAGCAAGGGAGGAGGCACACAGGGCGCAGGAGGAACGCAGCAUGGCUGAGGGGAAAGCACAAGAGCUGGAGCUCAGGUUAAAGGGCCUUGAGGAGCUGACGGCCACGCUGAAGGACGUGAAAGGAGCCCACAAGGUGAGUGAGUGGCAUAAGAAGCUGGAGGAGGCUCGUCUGCAGGAGCUAAGGAAGAACCGAGAACUGGUUGCACAAAGGGAAGAGAUCAAGUACCUGAAAAACAUGGUGGCUGAACAGGAGCACACCAUCAGCAGCCUGCAGGAGGAACUGGUGCAGCAGAACAAUCUGAUGGAGGAGCAGCAGCUCUCCUGGGAUCAAAGGGAGGUGGAGUUGGAGCGGCAGCUAGACGCUUAUGAGAAACAGCAGAGCCAAAUCAUGGGAUCAGCUCAGAAGUUUGAAGACGCGUCAUGUUUCCUGCCAGACCCGAACCAGCCUCUAGCCCACCAGCUGGACCAUGCAUUGAGUAAAAUAAAGGAGCAUGCCCGCACAGUUUUGGAGAUCCAAGCCACCUGCAAGACUCUGGAGGAGAAGCUGAAAGAAAAAAAGGCAGGACUGUGGCAGGCUGAGCAGAACGUGCUGUCACGAGACCGAGUCAUUAACGAGCUGCGCCUCCGGCUUCCAGCUGCUGCUGACAGGGAGAGGCUCCUCGCUGACCUGAGCAAACUGGAUGAUUCAGGCAGCCAGCAGGCCCUAAAAAUCGCACACCAGACUAUUAGCAAUCUGCAAUGCCGCCUCGACCAAAAAGAGGAGGUCCUUAAGAAGUACCAGAAUCUUCUCACCAGGGCUAGACAGGAGCAAGGAGAAGCAGCAAAAAGAUAUGAGGAGGAAGUGCGGAACCUGCACGAGAAGCUGGAUCUUCACUCUGAUGUGUCUCUGGACCGCUUUAGACAAACAGCUUUGGAGUUGAUGAAAAAACCCACCAUCGCUGUUCCCACCACAAAGCAGCUACAGCGACUGGCUGAAAUGGAGCAGACCGUCUCUGAGCAGGACACGUCUAUCUCAUCUUUAACUCAGAAGCUAAAGGAGCUGAACGCUGAGCUCGAAAAACAAAAACAUCUCACAGCUUCUCAGGCCAAAGAGCACGCGGCACAAAGAGCCAAGCUGGAGGAGAGGCACUCGUUCCAAAUAAAAGCCAUAUCUAAAGAAUCAGAGGAGCUGAGAUUACAGCUGUCACAGAUGGAAAAAGAGCUUCAUUACUUCCACACAGAGCUGGAGGUCCAAAAAGAGGCUAACGUGCGCUCACCAAGCAACACCAUGAAGAAUUUGGUUGAGCGUCUGCAGGCCCAGCUGACCCUCAAAGAGAAGCAGCAUAAGGCUCUCAGUAAAGCUUUGCUGGAGCUUCGAGCACAAAUGACGUCUCAUGCUGAGCAACAGAUCAUUGCAAACGCAGCUCAGAAGGAGGAGUCACUCAACAUCCAGCAGAUCGUGGACAAGCAAACCAAAGAGCUAAAGGCCCGUGUAAAGGAGCUAAGCGAGGAGCUGCAGUCUGUAAAGGAGAAUGUACGAACAGGAAAAUCGCGGGAGAACUCUUUGAAGGAUGAGAUUGAGAGCCUCAACAGGGAGCUGCAGAGAAACCAAAAGAACCAAAGCAGACUGCAGAGUGAAAGAGACACUCUGGAGGAAGAGCUAGACCAGCUCAAGCAAAAAGUCAAGAGACUUAAUAGUGGCCUGCAGGCUCAGACUGAAGCUGAGGUUAAAUCGUCCACUGUAGAAGCUUUACAGAAGAAAAUCCGUAGGCUGGAGACUGAACUGGACAGAAAGAGUGUGGCAGAGCCGACUGAGAAGAAAACAGCUGUGAAGGAUGACAAGUCCAACAAAGAAGAACUGAUCAGGUGGGAGGAGGGUAAAAAGUGGCAGACCAAACUGGAGAAACUCCGCAACAUUUUGAAGGACAAGGAGAAAGAGACAGAAUCCCUCGCCAAACAAGUCACCACCCUGAAAGAGCUCUACGGGAGACUGGAACAAGAGAAGCUAGGCCUGCAGAGGAAGUUAAAAAGUCGCAGUGUGACCGUGGAUCAGGUGGUGGGUACACGAACCCUUGAGGCUGACAAAGAGAUCGAGGAGCUGAAGAAAAGGAACUUUGAGCUGGAGCAGCAGAUUGAGAUAAUCAAACAGCAGCAGGCUUUACCUCGAGAUGCUGCCAUGGAGGACAUGAACAUCAGAAACCUCUAUCUGGAAGAAAGACUUCAUUCACUGGAGAGUCAGCUGGCCAAAGAACCCCCAUCCAGACCAUCUACUUCAGGAAGGGGAUCAGGUACACCAUCACAGAGGGAGCAUGACCUACAAAAAGAGAACCUCAAGCUCUCCAGUGAGAACCUGGAGCUUCGCUUUCAGUUGGAGCAGGCUAACAAAGACGUGCCACGUCUAAAGGAUCAGGUAUCUGACCUUAAAGAAAUGUGUGAAGCCUUAAAAAAGGAGAAAGCAGAAGUGGAAAAGAAGCUGGUGCAUGCCCGUGGGUCUGGACGAAGUGGAAAGACGGUUCCUGAGCUGGAAAAAACCAUUGCACUGAUGAAGAAGGUGGUGGAGAGGGUGCAAAGAGAGAAUGAGAGUCUGAAAAAGAGCUCAGCUACCACGACUCAGGAACAGCUUACCACUCUGGAACGGGAGCAUGAGAAACUUAAGGCUGAUUAUGACAGGAUGAAAGAAAAGACACAGCUGACAUCAAAGAUGGAAUCAAAGGCAAAAGGAGUGGAGAAAAUCAUCAUGGAAAAUGAGCGCCUGCGCAGAGAAAUCAAAAAGGAAUCUGAGGCUUCAGAAAAGCUGAGAGUGGAAAAGGCCAGUUUGGAGGUAAGAAUUGAGAAAUUAAAGACAGACCUUGAGGAGACCAAUCAGAAGCUUCUUGUGGCUCAGUCCAAAGGUCCAUCAUUGGAGGGGGCAGAUAGCAGGACGUGGAAGUCUACAGUAGUGACGAGAAUGUUUGAAAAGAAAAUGAAAGAGCUUGAGAGUGAAAUUUGCAAGAAAAAUGCAAGUAUCUCAGAACUCAAACAUCAGCUCACAGAGGUUCAGGAGAAAGAGCAGGCAGCACGGCAUACCAUUCUGCAGUUAAAGGAAGAAGUAGAACUCCUGAAAAAUAUUCCCUUAGAAGCAUCUACAGACAAAGGGCUUGCUAAGCAGUUUCAGAACAUUAGACUAGCAAAUCAUCAGCUGGAGAGGGAAAAGGCUCAUCAUCUUCAUCAGAUCCAGAACUAUGAAAAGAAGUUUGGAACCAAUAUGGACGGACCAGGAUACAGUGAGCUUCAGGCCCAACUAAAAGCAGCAAAUAGUGAAAGGAGUCAACUAAAGGAUGAAUUGAGAAGGAUGACCAAAGAGCUGGCAAACUUCGAUCCAACGUUCUUCGAGGAGCUUGAAGAUCUGAAGUUUAACUAUAACGUGGAGGUUAAGAAAAACAUCCUUCUGGAAGAGCAGCUAAAAAAACUGUCGGAGCGCUUUGGAGUGGACGUGGAUAUCCCGUCGAAUGGAUCGUUCAGCUGAUAUACAUCAUCACAUGUUGGGGGUUUAUAAGUCUGAAAUCAUUCCAGAAGUUCUGAUAAAACCAAACAAGAGUCUUCAUGUCAGUUCAGGUUUUUAUGUUGAUGUAUUUUUAUGUACAUUGUAAAUUUUUUAUUUAUUUUUUUUUAAAUGAAGAUGUUUUGAUUUCUUUUCUGUGCUUGUUAUUUAUGGCAUUUUUUAUUAGCAAACAUAUGUGCUGACUGAGUUACAUUCAGCCAGUUUGUUUCAUGUACAGUACCCCAUCCAUCACUGCAUCUGGUUCAGAGUCGUAAGUAUAAAAACAAUAACUUUUUAACAGCUAUGUGAUAUACACAUGACACAAUUAUUUAUCAUUUUAGGGCCUGACUGAUCUUGUGUGGGCAGAUCGUUUUCCAUUUACAGCAUUUAGUGGGCGCUUUUAUCCAAAGCGACCUGUUGUGACCAAAUACAGUUAAAGCAUUUAAAGGCUAAGGUUCUUGCUCAGGGGCCUAACGGUGAUGUUAUGAUUACCACUAAGCUACCACUGCCCUGUAUUAAUGUUUCACAGUUGUAAUGUGCAGAUCAAUCUAAUAAUGUGCCAGCAAUAUUUUAUGUUUAUAAAGACAGUUAGUGUGAUGGGCUGUAAAAUCAAGACAUGCACACACAGUGGUGCAUGCAUGGACAUGACAAUAGCUGUCAGUAACUUCUCAAUGACUGUGUCACUAAUGACUAAAAACUAGGUGAUGCUGUAAAUAAAACCCCACUUAAGUGGAAUUUAAAGUUA